AUGUCAGACGUCAGGUGGAAGAGGUUUUGUGUUUAUCAUUUUCGGACAACACAAACGCGUCUGGCAGUAUCGACUGAAGUAAGUUGCUGCGGUUACUCGAAAAAGGUUCGAGUUACUAGCCUUUUUUCAUACGGCAACAAGUAUAUGAUAGGCACUGAAAACGGCGUGAUAAAAGAAGGGCAUUUCCACAUUCUAUGCCGCAUUGUUGCACUCUUCCUGCUUUUACCUUUUACCGUAACUCUCAUGACAUAA